AUGUGGAAGGGGUUUCAGGGCCUGCAAGCGGUCGUGAAGGAAGGUUUGCAGGAGCUGGGCCGCGAUGCGCUCCGCGAGACAGGCAUGAUCAAGGAAGCCGUUGCGCCUCGGCUAGCCGGGUCGGGCAUCUUGGGAUUGGUUGGUGUGCAGUCGGGAGACGAGCGAGAAGGAGAGGGACGAGAGGAAGAGGAGGAGGAGGACGGAUGGGGUCUGGAGGACGACGAGGAAGAAGUGAAGGUUGACGAGCGAGUCGCGUCAGGAGAAUCCGAAGGGCCAAUUCCCUUGUCGUCGCAUCCCUCCGCCUCCGCGCUGGAGCCCUCGCCUGACAUAGAGCCACGUGGGGAAUCCUCGGACCACCCAGGCUUGGCUGUCGCCCCCAACACGAGCCUUUCCUCGCCGUCGCCUCGCGAGGACGACCUUCCCGUUACCGCGUCGUCUCAUAGCGAGGAUAGCGGUAGCGGUGGUGCGGUUCCCGCUGCGCUGCCAGAGUCCAGCGGGCUCAUGUCGUUUCUGGAGCCCGCGCACGAAACGGACGCGCAGAUGUUGCAGCCGCGCGCGGCGGAAGAGCGACCGGACACGCCCGUCGGUGAGAGGGAUGACGUGGCAGGUGAAGAGAGACGGGGUGGCGAUGCGGCCAGGGGAACGGAAUCAGGAACACCCGCUUCCAUUGAAGCUGGGAAACAGAGAUCAGAAUUGCCGGUGGAGGGUCGAGACGCGGGUGAGGCGGCCGCAGGGUGGGAACGGGUGGCUCCUGCGGAUGGGCAGGCGGAGAGCGCGGGUGGGGAGGGACUGGGUGGAGACGAGGGUUCUCCAGAGAUUGGGUUAGCGCGCGGGGAUGAUGGCCCUGGGGAGGCGGGAGGGCACGCGCAGGUGGCGGCAGGCGGAACCGCGGACGGGGAAAGCGGGGAUCGCCCGGCGGCGAGUGCUGCUGGGGUUGCCAGCGAGGAGGUGGGAAAAGGGGGAAGCGAGGAGGAGGAGGAGGAUCGGAAGAGCAGCGGGCGGGAGGUGGCGUCGCUGCGGCGACAGUUGGCGCAGCAGCGGGAGGUGAGCGCUGUUAGGGAGACGGCGCUCGUGGAGGAGCUGACGUGGAUGAAGGGCGAGCUGACGCGGCUGCAGGCGGCAGCGCGGGAGGCGGAGAAGGGGAAGGAGGAAGCGGAGAGGCGGAGAGAGGAGGAGGAGCGGAGGCGAGACGAGGAGGCGCAGAAGCUGAGCGCGGAGAGCGGCGCGCGGGAGAAAGCGCGGCGGAAGGCGGAGGGGGAGGUGGAGCGGCUGCAGGUGCUGUGCGCGCAGCUGCAGGCGUCGCUGGCGGAGGCGGCGGAGGGGCGCGAGGCGGACGCGAAGGCGCGCGAGCAGAUGGCGCGGAGGGUGGAGCGGAUGGAGGACGAGCUGGAGGCGGAGCGCGUGAAGGCGCGCAGCCUGCAGGCGGAGAUGGCGGACGUUGAGGCGGGCGCGGACGAGGAGAUGGGGGAGCUGGAGGAGCGCGUGGGCGCGCUGGAGGCGCGCGUGGCUGAGCUGGAGGCGGAGAAGAAGGGCAUGGCGCGCGCGGCGGAGGAGGAGAGGCGCGAGUGGCGAAGGAAGGUGGAGGCCGCGGAGGCCAUGUCGAGCGCUGCUGCUGCCGUGCAUAAGAAGGACCUAGAGGCGGUGGAGAGGAAGCGGGAUGCGGCGCAGCAGCAGGUGCAGAAGCUGCGAGAAGAGGUGGCAGGAGCAAACAAGGCGCUGGCGGAGGCGAGGGAGGCGGUGAGAGUGAGUGAGGCGGAGAGGGCGGAGCUUGAAGAGGUGGCGGGGGAGAGAGAGGCCAGCAUGGAGGCUGCUCGCACCCAGCUCACUCACCUGCAGGCCGAGUUGGAGAUGGCGCGGAGGGAGGCAGCGGAGGGCGGGGUGAAGGUGGCAGAGGCGAUGGCGGAGGUGUACGCAGCGAGGAAGGAGGCGCGUGCGCGGGGCAUGCAGGCCGAGGAGACCCACCAGCUCGAGGCCAAGCUCUCUGCCGCCACCGCUGCUGCUGCCAGCGCAGCGGCAGAGGCGGAGGAGCUGAAGGGGAAGGUGGCGGCGGGGGAGCGGGAGGUUAAGGAGGUGCAGCGUGGGCUUGCUGCUGUGGAGGCUGAGCUGGCGCUGGCCAAUCAGAGAGCGGCGGAGGCGGAGCAGCAGGCCGAGGAGGCCAAGAGGCAGCGUGCGCAGGCGGAGGGCACGAGUGAGCAGCUCAGGGAGGAGACGGAGCGCCGUGCCAAGUUAUUCAACGCCGCUGUCAAGGCUGCUGUCAGCAGGAUACAGUCGGAGUUGGAGGAGGAGCGGGACGAGGCGUUGCAGCAGGUGCAGCAGCAGGGGGAGGCGAUGGAGCAGAUGAGACAAGACAUGCGAGCUCUGGAGGUGCGGCUGGUGGAGGUGGAGGGGGAGCGGGCGGCACUGGAGAAGAGGGGGGAGGAGGCGGAGGGAAGGGAGGUGCAUCAGCGGGUGGUGGUGGAGCGACUGAGGAGGGAGGUGGAGGAGGGGGAGGGGCGCGUGAGAGCAGCAAUGGCGGAGGCAGAGGGGGAGAGGCAGGCUGGCAAGCAGCUGCAAGGCAAGCUGGCAGAGACGGAGGCGAGGAGGGCAGAGGCAGAGGCGGCGGUGGCGGCGAGAGAUAAGGAGGUGGAGGCAUUGCGGCAGCAGGUGGCAGACAUGCAGCGCGACAGCACUUCGCUCAAGGUGGCAGCGCUAGAGGCGUCCAACAGGGCAGGGGAGGAGGAGCGGCGGCUGCAGAGGAGAAUCAGCGAGUUGGAACAGCAGGUGGCCUCCGCUGCUGCCCGCGCUUCCAAGGCAGAGGAAGCUUCUGAGAAGGAAGGAACCAGGAGAGGGAGCGGUGAUGGUGCGGGGAGCAGUGGGAGCAGCACAGCAGUGGCGUCAUCCGCCAAGGCGCGGGCUGCUGGGGGUGGCGGUGGGGUUGGGGGGGCAGGGUGGAGCAACCCACUGGAGGGGUUGGGGCUGGAGACGGUGCGGUGGAAGGAUAAGCUCAAGGCGGAGAGUGAGGGCGACGUGGAGGUCGGGUCAUCAUCCGCCGACAGAUUACGGAAGUCUCGCCUCGCGCAUUCGAGCCAGAAUCUGCCUGCCACGUCAGCAGGCACACUGGCCUCACUGGUUGGCUCGGCCCGCCGCCUCUUCUUUGAGGAUGAUCGUCUUUCUGCUGCGCCUGGGAGAGUGUCUCGCCGCACCUUCCUUCUAAUUGCUUAUGUCUUUCUCCUCCACCUCAUGCGCGAGAGGCAGACCUCCACAGCAGCCAUGGCGGACCCCCCAUCUCACUCCGGGCGACCGCCUCGCACGCCGCGGACCCCGACGCUGCGCAGCAUACCGACGUUGCGACGCGGGAUGAGCAAGCGAGACUGGGAGCUGGAGCACGACGAUAAGGAGAGACGGCGGCGCGAGCGGAAGGAGCAGAAGCUGGAGCGGAAGCUGCACGACCUGGAAUCGGAGGAUGACGCGGAGCGCAGCGAGGAUGAACCCGGUCACCACCACCGCCGCAUGCGGCCCAAAGUGCCGAUGCUGAAAAAGUUCAAACAGACGAUGAAGAAGAAGAAGUACCAGAAACUUCUGGAGAAGCUGCAGGAGAUUCAGGACGAGCGGACGGAGGAUGAGUUGGCGAAGGUCGGCGAGCUGCGGAAGAUUCUGGCGGAGAAGAACCUGCUGCCGCCCAGAUUCAACGAGCACCACAUGCUCCUCAGGUUUCUGAAGGCGCGCAAGUUCGACAUGGAGAAGACGACGGAGAUGUGGGCCGCCAUGCUCAAAUGGCGCGACGAGUUCGGCGUCGAUGAAUGCCUCAAGUUCGAGUUCCCGGAGCUGGCGGAGGUGAAGCGCGUGUACCCGCACGGGCACCACGGCGUGGACCGCGAGGGCCGCCCCAUCUACAUCGAACUCAUUGGGCGCGUCGACGCCACCAAGGUGCUGGGCAUAACAACGAUGGAGCGGUUCCUAAAGUACCACGUGAAGGAGUUUGAGCGCACCUUCGCCCUCAAGUUCCCCGCCUGCUCCCUCGCUGCCAAGCGCCACAUCGACCAGACCACCUCCAUCCUUGACGUCGCUGAAAUGGGUAUGAAAAACUUCUCAGCAGAUGCCAGGAACUUUCUGGCAAUGGUGUCGAAAGUAGAUGGCGAUAACUACCCCGAGACGCUGAACCGGCUGUUUGUGGUGAAUGCGGGGUUUGCCUUCCGGUCGCUGUGGUCGGGCAUCAAGGGCAUGCUCGACCCUAAAACCGCCUCCAAGAUCCAGGUGCUGGGCACGGACUACAAGAAGAAGCUAUUUGAAGCCAUCGACCCCAGUCAGCUGCCGGAGUUCUUUGGCGGCACGUGCACGUGUGAGGGUGUGGAGGGCGGGUGUCUGAUGUCGGACAAGGGGCCAUGGCGCGACGGGGACAUCCUCAGAGUCGUGCGGCUGCAGCGCACGGGCACCAUCAGCGGGGGCGACAACACCGAGGACGUGCUGCGAGGGGGGCGCAUCCGCUGGCAGUCGGGCCAGUUCAAGCUGGAUGCGGAGGACAUAGGCGACACGGGCAGCGAGGUGUCGGACCUGGACGACCUGGGCACGCCGUCCUUCAGCGGGCUCACCACGCCCAACUUUGACCUGGGUCAACACGACCUGCACAACCUCGACCUCCGUCUUAACUCGCUCAACUCGAGUCGUUACUUCAACGACCCCACCACCACCACGCCCUCCUCCGCCGCCUCCGCCGCGCGCCGCUCCGCCAGCAUGCAGCGCCGUGCGCCCGCGUCCACGCACCGCGCUGCAGGGCCGUCUGUCUCAGGCUCCGCCACUUCCAGUGACGACGAGCGCGAGGUGUCGCGCACGGGGUCCGUGGCAUCAGAUGACCGCAGCGGCGAGCUCAGCUCCACAGGCAUGAGUGCAGGCGCGGGUAAACGGCUGAGUGUGGGCGUGGGGGAGGUGACAUCUGGGGCAGGGAGCGCCAGUGGGCGGGCCAGUGGCACGCCGGGAUCAGCAGUGUCGGCGUUGAGAGCGGGCGGCAGGGGGAAGCAGGUCUCGACCCCGCCAUCCAGAAAUUACGGCACAUCAGCAUCAGCAUCAGGCGGGGCAGCGCUAGCAGGCGUGCCCAUGAUGGCGCCCUCCUCCUCCUCGGCGCCCGACUCACUGGCAGCAGCCACGGGGCUCGUCUCGCUGCUCAUGUCCUUCUUCUCAGCUGUCGCCAACCUGCCGCUCCUCUUCUCCCGCAUCGUCAUCACCGUCACGCCGCCCGCCCACCGCCUGGAGGGCGGCGGCGGGGCGGCAGGGGGGGCGAUGGCGCCGCCCGGGGCGCAGGCGAUGCUGACACCGGAGCAGCUGCUGCGGCGCGUGCAGGAGCUCGAGAGCCAGGUGCAGCGUCUGCUCGUGCAGAGGGGCGGGGCUGCGGGGGCUGAGCCUGAGAGAGCCGUGGGGCAGCCGGGCGCGAGCCAGGUGGAGAAGCUGGCAUCGGGUCCGUCCACGCCCGCCCUGGCCCCGCGCCCAGAGCCCCCCCCGUCGGACUGGCCGCAGCCGGCAGUGGAGCGCGUCACAGCCCUGGAGUCAGAACUCGCCACCACCAAGAAGAUGCUGAAGGAGCUACUGGACAGCCAGGAGCAGCUGAGAGUGCUCAUUGAACAGCUGCAACUACGCAAGCAACGGAGAUUCGGCGGGUGCUUUGAUUUACGAUCGAGUCGACGACAAUCACCAUCGCCAUGCCACCAAUCCUUCUCUCCCCUUGCACCGCGUGACCCUCUCCGCACUCAUCAACGUGUCCCUCUCUCCCGCCGCUUCCGCGCGCGCGCAUUCCCCCCCCCCCACCCCGGCAGGUGGGGAUGGGCGCAGGGCGCGGGGGAGACGCAGCUGCGCGCGGAGUACGAGAGUCAGCUUUUCGACGGCGUGGUGACGGUGCUGGUCACCACCGACGAGGUCAAGCUGCUGGUGCCAACACCGGACGAGCUGAGAAAGCCCAACCCCACCUUCGACUACGCGCCCUACCGCGAGCGCUUCCCCCUGCCACAGGGCUCAGCGCGCUUCACAGCCAUCAACCACGUGGACGUCUUCUACGACCCGCUGGGCUGCCUGCCGCUGGGCGACCUUGCCGCCACGCCCCUCGCCGCCUCCACCGCUCUGCAACGCAUCCCACCGGGGCUGCAGCACAUCUGCCACUCGUGCUUCUUCUUCUUCACAUUCUCCUUCCUCACUCCGCGCGAUGCCGACGCCGUGGGAGCGGGGUGCCAGCGCAUGUCGGACAAGUACAGUGUGUGCGCGCCCGACAGCAUCCCUGUCGCGUUUGGAGCGGCGCCGGCGGGUAUUCCCGAGGUGCAGAGGGCGUCGGGGUUUCUCUUUCCCGACUCGGAGCUCGCCGAGGAAGACACCUCCUCCAAGCUGCGCGAGCCCUCCCGCUCCCUCGCCCAGAUAGCACUACCGGGGGUGGGGGCGUUGGUGACGUUCAACACGACGCCGCAGUGGGACGACGCGCUGCAGGUGUGGCAGCCCAAGUACUACCUCGCCACCAACGCCUCCAAGGUGGUGGGCGUGGGGCAGGCGGUGACGACAACACUAAUCAACGAGGCCUACGUGGCGUAUGACACCAAGCGCACCACCUACGACGCCUACACGCACGCCCUCGUCUCCCCCGCGUCAGCGAAUGCCACGUAUGGCGCGCUGGGCGUGGCGGGCGCCUUCCCCAAGGACCUCUCCUUUGCCCUCGCCUCGCCCCGCCAAGGCACCUUCCAAGUCGUCGCCUCUGGCUUCUCCCAGGUGACACCCAAGUCGGCGCCUCUCCAUGCAGCUGUCUCCCUCUCCCUACCUCUGGCAAUCAUAGCUGCUGCUCUUGCUCUUCUCCUCUGA